AUGACUACUUCAACAACCAGACCAAAAGUAUUACAACUCGGAGAAGUUUUCUUUGCUCAGAAGAAAUGGGAAGAACUUGCUAAAACUGCCGAAGUUGUUGAAUGUACUUCAUCAAAUCGUGAAGAAUUUUUCAAAGAUUUAAAGAGCAAAUAUAGCGAUAUUACCAAUAUUGCUCGUACUUUUCAAAGUAUUGAACAAACUGGUAGAUUUGAUGCAGAAUUAGCUAGUCAUUUACCAGAAUCAGUUAAAUCAAUUAGUCAUUGUGGUGCUGGUUAUGAUCAAAUUGAUGUUGAUCCAUUUACUGAAAAGGGAAUUCAAAUUUCAAAUGUUACUGAACCAGUUGAAGGACCAACUGCUUUAACUGCCGUAUUUUUAUGUUUAUCAGCAAUGAGAAAUUUUCAAGAAGGUCAUGAUAAUUUAGUGAGAGGUGAAUGGCCAGCAAAGGGUAAAGCUGGUGGUGCUAAAUUAGGACAUGAACCUGAAGGGAAAACCGUUGGUAUUUUAGGUAUGGGUGGUAUUGGUAGAGCUAUUAAAGAACGUUUAUUAGGUUUUGGUUUCGAAAAAUACAUUUAUCAUAAUCGUUCUAAAUUAUCAAAUGAAUUAGCUGCGGGUUCAGAAUACGUUUCAUAUGAUGAGCUUUUAGCUCAAUCCGAUGUUUUAUUCAUUAGUGUUCCUCUCAAUAAAAACACUCAUCAUUUAAUAAAUGCUGAUGCUUUUGCUAAAAUGAAAGAAGGUGUUGUUGUUAUUAACACUGCAAGAGGUCCUGUUAUUGAUGAAAAACAAUUAUAUAAAGAAUUGAAAAGUGGUAAAGUUGGUGCAUUUGGUUCAGAUGUUUUUGAAUUCGAACCUGAAGUUCCUGCUGAAUUAGCUCAAUUACCAAAUGUUAUUAGUUUACCUCAUAUGGGUACCCACUCUUCUGAAGCUAUUAGAAACUUAGAAGAAUGGGUUGUUGAAAAUAUUUUAGCCUACAUCUCAACCGGUAAAGUUAAAACCAUUGUUCCUGAACAAGCUAAAGUUGAAUUUAAUUAA